UUGUUGAAUCUACAAAGGGCAACAACUGAAGGAACAAUGUCUACAAGCCUUGCGGUUUUCAUUUUCCUAGCAGCAUUUAUUACCAACUCUGUUAAGGCAGAUGCUCCAUUCUGCAGUAGACUACGCCAUGUCAGCUACUAUUAUGCAUACUGCUACCAAGAGAGUAUAUAUACAAGAUGUAAGACCACUUGUGGCGAAUUGUUGCUGAGCCCGAAAUAUGUAGAGGCCGGUUGUCCUUGGGGAAACAACGCUAAUAUUUUGUCCGAAUCUCUGGACCAACGUUGUCAGAAGAAAAUAACGUCAGGGAAAUGUUUUGAAUACUGUGUGAGCCCGUUAAUGGACAAAAUCAAGACGGGCUGGGAAUGCUGUAAGGACUGUGUCAGGGUCUGCGGCAAGAUGCCCCCACGGGAUACAAACUUCCAACAGAGAUACCCCACAGUCUAUCCAAAGAAAUAAUGCAGAGUUUUGUGCUAUGACAUUUCCAUAGUUAUUUCAUUUUAUUUUACUUUUUUUAGUCGAGUUUAUUAAAAUUUAAUUAGAAUUAAAUACUUAAAA